AUGCGGAACAUUAUUUAUAAUGCUUGUCAUUUCAUUUUUUUUUCUAUCACAUGGGUUGCUUUUACAGCUGGAUUUAAUUCUAAUCCAUCAUUUCAAAUUACUCAAUUAUAUCCAUAUGAAUUUUGUUGGUUUACUCAUCAUGUUAUAUAUUACUUUCUGACAACACCUGUUUGUCUAUUUCUUUUGAUAAAUAUUAUUAUAUUUAUUCUUGUAGCUUAUAAUAUACUAAAUCAUGUUCAAAAUGCUACAUCGUCAGAUCGAUCAUAUGAAAGAAUGAAACGAUGUGUAGUUAUUUUACUUUUAUCGUGUGUAACACAGGGUGUUGGUUGGCUUCUUGGUCCAUUUCUGACGUUUGUUAGUGAAGACAGAGCAAAUGUUUUAGGAUGGUUUUUUAAUAUAUUCAAUGGACUUGAAGGUCUUUGGGGAAUUAUUUUGUAUAUAAUAAUUCUCUCAGAACAUACAAAUAAACAAAAAGCUGCGGUAGCGACUGAAGAACCAAGGGCAUCAAGAGAAUCAAUAUAUCAUGACUACGAAACAUGUUAUGAAGAAGAUAAUGAAAAAGAACAUUGUAGCAAGAAAGAAGAAAAUGAAGUUACAUAUCAGAAUACUGAAAAUGAAACCUAA